AUGAUCAUCUUUAACGUUUACGAUCAAGGUAAAUAUGCUGUGGCGUUUUUGGCUGCUCUUUCUGUUUUUAUCGCCGUUGGACUUGUGAUGAGUCUCCCGGUGGAUUUAGACUCGGACAAUGAUGGAAUUUUGGACAAAGACAACUUUCAGCACUUCAAGAAAUUCCAAUCAAAAUUCCGCCGAAACUGCACAAAUGGCACCACCGAGUGUAAGAGUCGAAAGCGCAACUAUGCGAAUCAUUUGAAACGCCUUGGUCGCUUCAAAAAUAACACAAAGAACUGCAGCUACGAAAUGGGCGAGACUCGUUUCAUGGAUUGGUCAGACGUCGAACUGAAAUCGAUGGUGGUUGAUCCAAAUCUCCUCCCAAAGCCAGCCAACAACUGGAAACCCGACACUAGCUCGAGAAGAAAGAGACAGGCUGUUGGCAACUUCGAUUGGAGAACCUCGGGCGCUGUCAACCCGGUCAGAGAUCAAGGUGGAUGCGGAUCAUGCUGGGCUUUUGCCACUGUUGCCGCCAUCGAGAUCCAAACAAAUAAUGUGAACAAGCGCUACAACGCGAAUCGACGAGCUUUCUCGGAGCAGUACGUACUUGACUGCAGCACGACGAAUGGUUGCAAUGGUGGCUGGCCGUACAACGCUAUCACAUGGGUGCAAAACAAUGGAAUUGCUCGUAACACAUCGUAUGGACCCUAUGCUUCCGCUGUGAAGAGCUGCCCAACCGGAAGGGUCAUUGAUAAGCCGGUGAUUGGCACGCAAGUCCUGACAGGAAGCCCUGCGCAAAUGCUCACCUACAUCAAGAACACUGGACCGGUCACAGUUGCCUACUACGUGUGCACGGAUUUCUUCUACUACACCGGUGGCGUCUACUCGGGAAAUUGCCAAACGACCAGCUCCACUUAUCAGGGAGGACACGCUGUGACGAUCGUUGGAUACGGAACGCUAAACGGAGUCGAUUACUGGCUUGCCCGCAACUCGUGGGGACCAAACUGGGGAAUCGCCGGGUAUUUUAUGAUCAAACGAAACGUUGAUGACUCGAAAAUCGAAUCGUGGAGUGUGGUCGGCCCUAAAUGCACGACAACAGCA